AUGGCGGUCUACGUCUCGGAGUAAGUAAUUUUUAGACAUAAAAUGACAAGAAAUGUUUUCACAAAACAAAAAAUGGCAAGAACUUUCUUUACAAAUCCAAAAACGCCAAGGACUUUUGUUACAAAACUCAAAACGGCCAAAAAUUUUCAUACAAAACGAUAAAUGACAAGAACUUUCUUUACAAAUCAAAAAAUGACAAAAUUUAUAGUAAGCAUGUUAUAAACUGUCAAAAACUUUGUUUCCACCUAGUGUUCCUUGAACUUUUCAUAAUAACUUUCAUAAGCGCACCGUUGCUUAACUUGCCAGAUCGGACGGGAUCGCGCUUUCGCACUGUGCAAAAAAGAAAAAUGGCGCUGCAUGGUGCGAAAUUAAUUUUUUGGCAAGAACUUUGUUUACAAUGUUAGAAAAUGGUAUUCUUGAUGGUUUUGAGAUUUUUGCAAAAACUUUCUUUACAAAAUUUGAUAUUUCAUUUCUGAACGUUUUUUCUAAUAGCCUUAUGUUUAAGCUUGACAUUUGAUUGUUCAAAUAAUUCUGAGCUCUCUCUCAAAGCAAAUUUUAAGUGUUGAAAGGGGGCUCAAUAUUAUUUGAACAAAAUAAUAAUUUUUUUUUCAAAUUUCAGUCGAUUCGAGCGUAUUCGUGAAUGCCUGAAAAUGGUUGACAGAGUUAGCGAUUGGCCGACAGCCUUAGUGUAUAAGGAGCAUUAUGAGGAAUAUAUAGCCUUUUCAAAGGGUCUAUGUCCACAUCAGUUCAGGGAAUGCGAUGAUUGUCGCGCUGAUCACGAGUUUUGGGAGAAUGACGACUCGGAGCUGAGCGAGUACGACGAGGACGAUGAGUAUCAUAGUGAUGAGAGCAAUGACGACGGUUGUUCUGGUUGUGAACGAUGUAGACUGGAGCAUUUUUGUUUGAGGGAUAUUAAACUGGACUGUCUGGAUAAGGCGUUUGUCACGAACAAGUUCAAAGGAUUGGUCGAAGAAGCAGCCAAGGCGAUUCAAGAGCUGGAGGAUGGAUUGGAUAAGCUGUCGGAGGAGGUUAAGGAAGUCAAGGAGGUAGGGUUUUUGUUUUCGAAUUAAGUGUACAGUAUGUAGUAGGCUUAAAUAUAAGGAUGGUAAACGUGGAUUUGGGCUUAGUAGGCUUGAGCAGGUAUUGUGGGUUUAGGCUUAGUAGGCUUAAUAAGCUUAGGCUUGUUUAGUUUGGAAACGUAAGUUUAAGGUUAGUAGAUUUAGGUUCUUAAGCUUACUUAGGCUAAGGGAAGUUAGGCUUAGGAGCCUUAAGCUUUUAGGGGUAAGGUUUUAGGUUUAAGCUAAGGAUUUUUGGCUUAGUCUUCUAGGCUUAGGCUUUUAGGCUUAGGUUUCUAGGCUUAGGCUUUUAGGCUUAGGCUUCUAGGCUUAGGCUUCUAGGUUUAGGCUUCUAGGCUUAGGCUUCUAGGCUUAGGCUUUUAGUAUACUAAACAUAGAAAGCUUAGCAGGUUUUGUUAUUUUAGGUAAAGAUGGUUAUUAUGAUCAUAAGGAAUGAAUAUCAUUAUUUUAUUUUUAGAUUCGCACAACAGCCAUGACCCACCGUCGUGAGUUCCUAGAGGCCUGGAAUAAGAUGGCCGAAGGCCAGAAGCAUUUUUCUGAAAUUAUUCGCCAGAUCAAUGCCAAAGACGAGCGCUUCCAACUCAAAACCUAUGACAAAACGGCGGGCCGAGGAGACGAGAAGGAUAAUAUCAUGGAACUAAACGACGGUCUUCGAAAGCUACACAACAAAAAGGAGAAAGAACGAAAGAAACUAAAGAAGAAACAAGCCAAAGAAGCGGAAAAGAAACGAUUACAAGUGGCACACCUCCCGAUCGGCAAGAACCUGACCGAAGGUGACGAACCCCAGGAUUCCGAUGCCAGCGACAGUGAUUCAGAUUCGGAAUCCGACAAUUAUGAUGUGGUAUUGAAUGAGGAAAUCUUCCAAGAAGUCAUCAGGCCCCAUUCACCGGUUUUCGAAGCGGAAAAAGUGGGUUUUUAUGAAAAUUUUGAGUUUUUUACUCAUUUUGGGUGGUUUUUGGGGUUUUUCGGCCGUUUUUUGCUUUGUAAAGAAAGUUCUUGCAAUUUUUUGUUUCGUAAGGAAGUUUCUGCUAUUUUGUGGUUUAUAAAGAAAGUUCUUGCGAUUUUUUAAUUUGAUAAGAAAGUUCUUGCCAUUUUUUGUUUUGUAAAGGAAAUUUUUGUCAUAAUCCGUAUUGUAAAGAAAGUUCUUGCUAGCUUGCGUAUUUUUUAAAAAAGUUUGUAAUUUUUUGCUUUGUAAAAAACGUUUUUGCCGUUUUUAUAAUGUGACGAAAAAGCAAAAUAUUUUUUUUAAUUUGGAAAGAAAGUUUUUUCUAAAAACUCAAAAAUUUCUAAAAACCCCAUUUUGAAGCAUUGUUAACAAAGUUAUUGCCAAAAUUUUAUUUUAUGCACUGUGCAGCGCCAUUUGUCUUCUUUGCACAAUGCGAAAGCGCGAUCCCGUCCGAUCUGGCAAGUUAAGCAACGGUGCGCUUGAUUACAAAAAAGUUCGAGGAGCACAGGGUGGAAAGAAAGCUUUUGACAGUUUAUAACAUGCUUACUAUAAAUUUUGUCAUUUUUUGAUUUGUAAAGAAAGUUCUUGCGUUUUUUGAGGAUAUGAAGGCAUUUUUAAUUGUUUUUCGUCUUGAAAAGAACGUUUUUGCAUUUUAUGAUUUUUUUUUGUACCUAAAAUAUAAAAAUUUGAUGUUUUCAGCCAGUUGUCAUUCAUCGAGAAUCAACUGCAAAGCCGAUGUUAGUCAAUAUUGUGAAUAAAAACGGAUCAGUGAUCAAGCACGCGGCCGAACUGUCGAACCAAUUUGACAUGACUAUUGAAGUGGCAGUGGAAAUGGGCCUAAAUCAAUGUAAUAAGAAUCCACAGGAAUGGCAAAUUGCGUUUGUUCACGAGGAAUAUUCGGACGAUUUUUUGGAAAAAGAUGCCGUUUUUGACUGGUCGAUUGCACACAUUGCUGGUGUUAUUCCGAUUGGAUAUCAGGUGGUAAGUUUAAAAAUUUCGAGAGUGUUUUUGCUUUUUUUUUAAUGCGUAAAUCUUGAUAAAUUAAAUUUUUUUAACCCAGCUAGAGGCUUAAAAGCUUUAAAUUGCCAUUCAACGUAUAACUUGUCACCCGCAGGAUGCGCAAUUUGAAACGUGAUUUUAAUGAACUAAAAUGGCAAGAACAUUCUUUACAAAAUGAAAAAUGGCAAGAAUUUUCUUUACAAAACAAGAAAUGGCAAGAACUUUCUUUACAAAACGAGAAAUGGCAAGAACUUUCUUUACAAAACUAAAAAUGGCAAAUGUGUAACAGGCAUGCUUUAAAAUGCUCAAAAACUUUGUUUCCACCCAUUGUUUCUCGAACUUUUUAUAAUCAAGCGCACCGUUGCUUAACUUGCCAGAUCGGAUGGGACCGCGCUUUCGCACUGUGCAAAGAAGACAAAUGGCGCUGCACGGUGCAGAAAUUAGUUUUAUGGCAAUAACUUUGUUUACAGUGAUAGGGAAUGACAUUUUAUGGGAUUUUUGGGUUUUUUUCAAGAACUUUCUUUAAAAAAUAAAAAAUGACAAAAACUUUCUUUACAAGCUUUUUUCAGACAACUGACUACUGGACUGGCCUAAUCCUGGUCUCAAACUCAGACAAUCGAACUGUUUGGCCAAUAACUCAAUCCCUGUCACUUUCAAAUUGGCACGACCAAUGUGAUAGUAAAAGCAUUGACUUGACAGUUACCAUGUCAUAUACCAUAUACGAUGAGUAUAAAGUACCGACCAGAAGCGAAAUAACCAAAAUGAAGAUAAAAUACGGCUCAAAAUUGUUGGAAUUAAUGUGUCAAGGCUUCAAAGAAGCUGGGAUUCAGAAUCCACAACACCUGACACCGUGCGGAAUCAUAAGGAAAGUCAAUAAGAAUUGGCACGAAGUCAAGUUCUAUGACAAUGUGGAGAGGGAUGGGCAUUAUCAAGCCGUUUUGAAGGCGAUUAAUGUGGGUUUUUUGUUUUUGAAGGAAUUUGAAAAGGUUUAAACAGUGGAAAGAAAGUUCUUGCCAUUUAUUGUUUUGUAAAUAAAGUUCUUGCCAUUUUAUGUUUUGUAAAGAAAGUUCUUGCCAUUUUUUGUUUUUUAAAGAAAGUUAUUUUGUUUACUCAAAAAAAAAACUUUUUUGAAGCUUGGAAACAAAGUUUUUGCAGUUUUUUUCAUUUUUAGCUUAUAAACGGAUUCAUCGUAUAACUUGUCACUCGCUGCCUGCGCGACUAGUUUUUGCUAUAAAAUGAGUAUUUUAGGGUUUGGAAAGAAAAUUUUUGCAAUUUUUUAUUUUGUAAAGAAAGUUUUUGCAGUUUACAACAUUUUUUGCCUGGCAAUGGGUUUCAUCGUAUAAAUUGUCACUCGCAGACUGCAAAGGGCUUUUACAAUAAAAAAGGUGCAUUUUUUGUUUUGUAAAGAAAGUUCUUGCUAUUUUUUGUUUUGUAAAGAAAGUUCUUGCCAUUUUUUGUUUUGUAAAGAAAGUUCUUGCCAUUUUCAAGUUUUGUAAGAAAAUUUUGUUUUUUGUUGACUGUAUUUUACAUUACUUUACUUUCAGACCAUUGAACAAGCAACAGCAAUUCUUCAUAGAGAAAAUGUUAUUGUUAGAAUAGCCCAAUACCCCGUAAAAGCCUUGGAUUUGGUGCGAUUCGAAAAUAUGGCCAGAUUUAUAUGCGAUGAGAACGUGGACAUUGGGACUUUGAAUUAUUAUAAAGACUAUUCGGAUUACUUUUCAGCUAAACUUAUGAAUGUGGAAGAGGUAAGAGGUUUUAUGGUUUGUUUAUGGUUUAAAAUACUUAAAAUUAGGUUUUGUUUUGAACUAUUUUUGGUUGGAUUUACUAUUUAGGCUUAAAUUUGAUAAGUUUAGGUUUAUUAGGCACAGGGUUAGGUUUUAAAAGUAGGCUUACGCCUGAGUAUGGUAUGAUUAGGCUUAUGUUUGAUAAUUAAUAGGCUAUUUUUUAAAAAAUUUUUUUACUUUUAAGAGACAUAACAUUAGGCUUAAUAAGUAGGUUUAGACUUCCUGGCUUAGGCUUUUAGGUCUAGAUUUUUAAGUUUAGGGUUGGGCUUAGUAAGUUUAGUGGUUAGGCAUAGAUGUUUAGGCGUGAAGUUUUAGGCUUAUUCGUUGUGGCUUAGGCUUUAGGUUUAUGUCUCUAGGCGUAGUCUUCUAUGCUUAGGCUUCUAGGCUUAGGUUUUUAGGCUUAGGCUUCUGGGCUUAGGCUUAGGCUUCUAGGCUUACGCUUCUAGGCUUAGGCUUCUAGGGUUAGGUUUCUAGGCUUAGGCUUCGGCUUCUAAGACUAGUCCUCUAGGGUUCUGGGGCUAAGCUUUGAGUUUUGUAGGUUUAGGUUUCUAGACUUAAACUUACGAGUUUAAGGUUUUGUACUCUUAGGCUUACUGUUUUCAGGCUUUGCUUUGGUAAGCAUAAAAUUAACUUAAACUUAGUAUUAGGCUUAUACCUCAAAUUAAGCCUAACUUUGUCAUUUUCAGCACGAAAAGCUCUAUCACGUUAUCGUUAGAAGACAUUCUUCACCAGCUAUCAUCGGCCUUCACACUGUAAAGUCCGCUUCACUGAACAGAAUGAAAGAUCUUAAGAAGUUUAUAGAAGCCAAGUUUAACUACGAUCCAUUGGAAAUGGCACACGUCACUGUUUAUCGGUCUAACCGAGUUGUCGUGGAUGGGUUGUACGACAUGGAGAAUAUUAUACCAAAUCAGGUCUACACAUUUGUUAUCGAAGAUUAA